AUGGCUAUGCAGCAAUUAUCAUUGCGAUGGGCGACUUUGAUCGUCCUGUUGUGGGCAGCUGUUGCCCGCGCCCACACCAUCAUCACCUACCCCGGCUACCGAGGGAAUAACCUGUUAACCAACGGUACCGUCGCCGAAGCAAAUGGACUGGGUGUCGCCUACAACUCCAAAAAUGACUCCCUUUACUAUCCCUACGGAAUGGAGUGGAUUUACCCAUGCGGUGGAAUGCCAACUUCUACGAACCGCUCGUACUGGCCCGUCGGUGGCGGCGCUCUCGCUAUGCAGCCUGGCUGGUUCCCAGGCCACGAGACGGCCUUAAUCUACAUCAACAUGGGACUCGGUGAGGUCCCAGAGAAUAUGAGCCACACUGUCCUGGGGCCUUUCCAGAUCACCGGUCCCUCGAACAACCCCUACCCAGGAACCUUUUGUCUACCUCAAGUGCCUCUGCCGGCCAAUAUUAGCGUCAAGCCCGGUGAUUUUGCCACAAUUCAAGUGGUAGAGGCUGCGAAGCAUGGCGCCGGGCUGUUUAAUUGCGUUGAUAUCAUCUUCGCCGAAAACGGAGACUCUAAGAUUGCCGAGGUCACCACUGAUAACUGCUUCAACUCCAGCGAUCUCAGUUUCCAGUACGUGUACACGACCUCGGGUAUCGGGUCCGGUGCAGCCAUGCUGCAGCCCCCACGACACAUGUGGACCGCAGUCGUGCCAUUCCUACUCGCGGCAGCAUUCAUGUAG